CACUUCCGGCUACUCGAUAAGACAACCGCAGAGCCUCGUUCCUGAUUCGCACACAAGACGUCGUGAUGUCUAAGACAAUAGACAACACCUUCCAACUCUCCGGAGAAGGUGAACCGACAGGCGGCACGGCGUACUCGCUGGAGCAGUACCUCAACAGCAACGGUGGGGUGACGGAGCGGUUGCUGAGAGAACUCAAUGUCGUAGAGAUUGUGGGCCGGGCGCAGGCUGUGAGGAGAGAGGCGGACAGGCUGGCGGGCAAGAUUGUCCAGCCGUCACAGAGCUCAACCUGAACGGUCGACGUGAUUAUCUGUCGUGAAGAGGCGUUUGUUUAUCCGAAGGCCGACUUUGUGUGCAUCUCAGGAGU